GGAGGGCCAAAAAGAAGGCCCCUCCAACAAACCUCGUCUUAUUAUCCACAGCCCCCACGUACCUUAGAACAUGGAUGAAAUUAUUGCACUCUUCCCUACUUACAUUUGCAUAAUUGCACUCUUUCUCUCUCACAUCCCAAACACCAUAAAAGCUCUUGUUGAACAACAAACACUUACUUGUGCUUGAAGCAACAACACAAUCAAUCCUAAUUUGGAAAAUUCAGUAACAUACCAAAUAUAAAUAAAACCAUUCUCUGUCAUCACUUAUCAUUGUCCUAGAAUCCAACCAAAAGAACUAACACGUGGGCUGUGAUAUUCUGUCCCUCUUCUUCAUUCAAAUAGUCUCUCAUUCAUAUAAAACUACCAACAUAGACAAAAUAAGAACUGUUUAUUUUGAUAUGGAAAUUGAAUCAGCAAAGUGUGAGUGUUGUGGCUUGAAAGAGGAUUGCACUCAAGACUACAUCAGUGAAGUGAAGUCAAAAUUUGAUGGAAAAUGGCUAUGUGGGUUGUGUUCAGAAGCUGUUAGAGAUGAAGCUAUUAGAGGAAAAAAGACAUUUGCAAUGGAAGAAGCAAUGAAAGCUCACAUGUUGUUUUGUCGAAAGAUCAAAUCGAAUCCAGCAGUUUGUGUUGCUGAUGGCAUGAGACAGAUACUUAGGAGAAGGUCAACUGAUUUAUCCUCAUCAAACAAACACAGUACGAGGUCAAACACAACUUCUCAAAUGGGUCGUGAUUACUGAUGAAAGAAAAACAGGGGAGAUUGGAAAUGUUGGAACAGGACACACCAUCACUCUGUUUUUGGUAUGAUUGGAAUAAAUGUUAGUUAGCUUUUUUUGUGGCUAUGCUUUUUGUCUUCUUAUAUGUAUAGGGACUGUUAUUUCACGCCAACUGUUAAUUGUCUUUUCCUUUUUCCUUUCUAUGGUUUGUGUUUCCUUUCUUGGCAACAGAGAGCUAAUUUUCAA